CUGUGCCCGCAAAGGCACAGGGGAGGGACGAGGGAGGACGGGAAGGUGUCGCAAUCCCCAGGCCCCCGGCCUGUCAUUAACGACAGGGCUGGGGAAAGAAGCCCGACUGUGGCCCAUUUCAGGAACUUGCCUUGAAGAGUGGAGAGCAGGAGGCCAGGCACGCCUGCCACGGGCUCCAGAAUGGGGAGACUGAGGCUCAGAAGAGUGAAGUAACUUGUCCAAGGUCACGAAGCUGGUGAGCACCAAGUUGGCACUAUGGCAGGGCUGGAAGCCUGCACCCUGACCAAAGCUGCCCUGAUCAUCCUGCUGCUGCCCGGAAGCUGGGAGGAGUGUGGGCACAUCAGCCUCUCGGCCCCCAUUGUCCGCCUGGGGGACCCCAUCACAGCCUCCUGCAUUAUCAGCCAGAACUGCAGUUUCCUGGGCCCGGAACCACAGAUUCUCUGGAAAUUGGGAGCACAGCAGCAGCCUGGGGGGAGUCAGCAGCGCCUGCCUGAUGGAACCCAGAAGUCCACCAUCACCCUGGCCCACCUCAACCACAGUCAGGCCUUCCUCUCCUGCUGCCUGCGCUGGGGCAACAGCCUGCAAGUCCUGGACCAAGCUGAGCUGCGGGCAGGCCACCCUCCUGCUGUACCCUCCAACCUGUCCUGCUUCAUGAACCUCACGACCAACAGUCUCACCUGCCAGUGGGAGCCAGGACCCGACACCCACCUGCCCACCAACUUCACCCUAAAGAGCUUCAAGAGCCGGAGCAACUGUCAGACCCAGGAGGACUCCAUCCCGGACUGCGUGCCUGAGGAAGGGCAGAGCUCCUGCUCCAUCCCCCGCAAACACCUGCUCUUGUACCAGAAUAUGGUCAUCCAAGUGGAGGCAGAGAAUGCGCUGGGGACCAGCCUGUCCCCAAAGCUGUGCCUUGAUCCCAUGGAUGUUGUGAAACUGGAGCCCCCUACACUGUGGGCCGUGGUCCCACGUCAGCCAGGCUGCCUGUGGCUACACUGGGAGCCAUGGAAGCCGAGCCUGUUCAUGGACCAGGAGUGUGAGCUGCGCCUCCGGCCACAGCGUGGAGAGGCCAACUGGACUCAGGUGGCCACGCUGCCCUCCAGCAUCCUCCAGCAUGAGCUCUGUGGGCUCCCUCCAGCCACAGCCUACGCCCUGCAGAUGCGCUGCAUCCGCUCUCACCUGCCCGGCCACUGGAGCCGCUGGAGCCCCAGCCUGGAGCUGAGAACGGCUGAUCCGGCCCCCAUCGUCAGACUGGACACAUGGUGGCGGCACAGGCAGCUGGACCCCAGGACAAAGGGCGUGCAGCUGUUCUGGAAGCCAACACCCCUGAAGGAAUACAGUGGGCAAAUCCAGGGGUACCUGCUCUCCUGGAGACCCUCUGGUCAGGCUGAGACAGCCCUGCCCCUCUGCAACACCACAGACCUUAACUGCACCUUCUGCCUGCCUUCAGAAGUCCAGGAGGUGAGCCUUGUGGCCUACAACACAGCGGGGACCUCUCAUCCCACUCUCAUCCCAGUGGACUUCCUGGAGAGCAUCGGCCCACCCCUCACCAGACUCCAAGCCACAGCCCGAGAUCCUCACAGUCUCUGGGUGCACUGGGAGCCCCCCAGCCCUCGGCCUCAGGGCUAUCUGAUAGAGUGGGGCCUGGGUCCCCCCAGCCCCAGCAGCAUCAAUAAGAGCUGGAAGAUGGAAUUUGACGAGAACAUCACGGGGACCCUGCUGCAGGAGAACAUCAGGCCCUUUCAGCUCUAUGAGAUCACUGUGACGCCCCUAUACCAAGGCACCGGGGGACCCUCCAAGAAAAUCUACGCCUACUCCCAAGAGAUGGCCCCCUCCAGUGCCCCAAGGCUCCAUCUAAAGCACAUUGGCAAGACCUGGGCACAGCUGGAGUGGGUACCUGAGCCCCCUGAGUUGGGGAAGAGCCCACUCACCCACUACACCAUCUUCUGGACCAAUCUCCAGGACCAGUCCUCCUCCACCAUCCUGAAUGCCUCCUCCCGUGGCUUUGUCCUCCAUGACCUGAAACCCGCAAGUUUGUACCACGUCCACCUCAUGGCUGCCAGCCAGGCUGGGACCACCAACAGUACAGGCCUCACCCUGAUGACCUUGGCCUUAGGGGAGUCAGAGCUGUACAUCUUCCUAGGCCUGUCUGGCCUCCUGGUUUUGUCCAUCUGCCUCUGUAGAACUGCCUGGGUCUACUGCAGCCCCAGCAGGAAGAAUCCCCUCUGGCCAAGCGUGCCAGACCCAGCCCACAGCAGCCUGGGCUCCUGGGUGCCGACCAUCAUGGCAGAGGAGACCUUCCAGCUGCCCAGUCUUUGGGACCCUGGCAUGCCAACCAUCACCAAGAUCACCGUGCUAGAAGAAGAGGAGAAGAAGCCAGGGCCCUGGGAGUCCGGUGACAGCUCAGAGACCUGUGGCCUCCCCACCCUGGUCCAGGCCUAUGUGCUCCAGGGGGACCCAAGGGCAGUUUCCACACAGUCCCAGCCCCAGUCUGGCACCAGUGACCAGGUCCUUUAUGGGCAGGUGCUGGGCAGCCCCACCAGUCCAGAGCCUGGGCACUACCUCCGCUGUGACUCCACCCAGCCUCUCUUGGGGGGCCUCACCCCAAGUCCUAAGUCCUAUGAGAAUCUUUGGUUCCAGACCAGCCCCCUAGGGACCCCAGUGCCCCCACCCCAAAGCCAGGAGAACGACUGUGUCUUUGGGCCACUGGUUGACUUCCCCCUCUUGCAGGGACUCCAGGUCCAUGGGGUAGAAGAACUAGAGAGCUUUUAAGGCUCCCUGAGUCUCCCCACCUGGACCUGCCUCUUUAAGGGCCUGGACUAUCCAAAGGAAGGGUCAAUAAAUCCAUUCAUCCCUAAAAACUACCUAGCCCCAGGAAAGGGCCCCCUGUCCCUCUCUUUCCCCCAAGUGACCAUGUCCCAGGCCACCUGCAUACUUUAAAAAACAGAUAACACUCUGUUCCCCCCCACCCUCUAGCUUUUUGUGCUUGUUUUCUGUAAUAAUCGUCGUUUAAAUUUUUUUAUUUUUA